AUGAAGGAAUUUAAUUCAAUGUCGCCAGCUUGUGAUAUCUGCUCACGUAUACUCAACGUAUUUGUGCGGGGAGAUGGACAGGAUCGAUUCGACGGCCUUGACAUCCUACUUUCAGAUACGAGUUGUGAAGGACACUCAGGAUUUAUCGACUUCAUCAGAGGGGACCUCGUUAACGGGGAAGUCCAGACAACCGCGACAGGUGUGCUUAGUAUGCAUCGCGAGCAUCCGGCUUUCGUAGAUGUACGGGCGAGUGGAUCAUCAGAACGCUUUGGACAGCCGCACAAUCACAUGGGUUGGCUAAUGACGCUUCUGCAAGACGAAACGCUCCUGAACCAUCCGGGCCGUGGCCUUCCGCUGGAUCCCAAAUGGGUGAAUCUAGACCUGGCUCGUCAGUGGAAAGCACGAUGCCAUUCACACCACGGGUCAGAAUGCGACAAUCCUUUCCUCGUCGCGCCGGCUGUGCCAGCGUGGCUGAUUGAUACUACAACCAACUGUCUUGUACCGGGUACAAGUGAACUCCCAUACGUGGCACUAAGCUACCGAUGGGGCAGUUUCAACGACUUCAAAACGCACCAAGGUGAUCUCUCCAAGCUACAAGAGCGGGGCUCUUUCGUCGAUCCGGAAGUUUCUGCGUCCCUCUCCCCGAUCGUGAGACACGCAAUGCACCUUACACGUAACAUGGACGAGCGGUAUCUCUGGGUCGAUGCCAUAUGUAUCACUCAAGACGACCCAGAACAGAUUUCGGCGCAUUUGGUCAUGAUGGCUGCUAUUUACGCAACGGCAGUAUUCACGAUUGUUGGAGCGGACGGAGACAGCAGAAGUGGCCUCAUCGGAGUCCCUGACACCUCUGAAUCCCGUGAUAUUGAACAAAAAGUCAUCCCUUUUGCUGGAAAUCACCAAAUAGCACUGAGCAGAUCGACAACUGGAGUCUCUGCGAUGUUGUCCAGCUCACCUUACUCUGAACGCGGUUGGACCUUUCAGGAGUAUAUGAUGUCAAAACGGAGGCUUGUUUUUCGGAACAAGCAGCUCACUUGGGAAUGCCAGAAAGACGUAUGGUAUGAAGAUGUUUCACUGCCGGCAGUGGGCAGUGAUGAUAGUCCCAACUUUUUAGCUGCACCCAUUCGCAGUAUCCUAAGCGGGUACCCCGACCUUGCCUCAUUGAAUACUAUAAUCGGAAAAUACAACAAGAGGCAAUUCACCUUCGAGGAAGAUGCUCUCCCAGGAAUCUCUGGCCUUCUCGCCAUACUCAGCCGCACAUUUGAGGGCGGAUUUCUCUAUGGCUUGCCCGUCAUGUUCUUCGACGCAGCUUUAGCCUGGAACCGUUCUCCCUUCGGGAUUGGGAACUUGCAACGCCGUAUCGACUCAGGUCACGCUCAUCACAAGGUGUCUUCCUCCAGGUUACCCUCCUGGUCAUGGAUUGGCUGGCGCGGUGAGGUGGGCAUUAAUUGGCACCAGGAAGGGUUUUCAUAUUGGCACCGUAAUAAGGAAACCAUACCAAUCACGAAUUGGUUUGCUAGUGAGAAGCCUCACAGCGGACCCAAGCUGCACAUAAAGCCAACGUGGUUUAGCAGGCGCGAUAUGUACAAGCAUAUGAACCCGACGUUGUCGGAGGGAUGGACUGCGAAUGUCAGUGGCACAAAGGCAACAUCUCCUUACGCUCCACACGAUUAUAUGUUCACAUAUGGAGACUGGGAACAGAAGUUCAAUUAUCCCAUUCCAAUCGCCAAAGUUACCGAGGCAUCACCUUACGUCACUCCGCCGCAGUCUCCUUUUAUCUCAUGCUCAACCAAGCGAUCAUGGCUCAGGGCUAAAAGAUACCGUCCGGGCAUUGUUCAAACUGGAGGCCUUAAGUAUGAAGUCCAUCGAGUGACCCUUCAUAAUGCUCUCGGAUCGCAAAUAGGAUACAUGACGCUACAGAGUAAUAAGGACAGUGAUUUAAUCUCGGAAGAUUCAAAAGGAACGCUGAUAGAGUUGGUGGCUAUCUCCAGAGAAAUAGAAAUUGGAGCACAUGGACAUGACGAGACGAAAGAUUUCUACUUGGUCCUCUGGGUCUCUUGGGUAGACUCGAUCGCAUACCGAAAAGGGUGUGGCAGGGUGCAGAAGGACGCUUGGGAAAGACUGGACCUCCAGGAUGUGGAACUCGUUCUAGGCUAA